AUGUCCAAACAGUCUGAUAAGGAUCCAUACUGUUCGCUGACAACUGCUAUAACAUCCACAGAAUCUAAAGGCAGACAGCCUGAGGAAUUUGAUGAUAGAAUGGAAGACUCACAAGAGAGAAAAGCUGAUAGUGACUUUGACGAUAAUGACGACGACGACAGACCUGAGGAAUUUAAUGAAAGAAUGGAAGUCUCACUAGAGAAAAAAGCUGAUGGUGACUUUGACAAUGAUGACGACAACGACAGGCGUGAGGAAUUUGGUGAUAGAAUGGAAGAUUCAGUAGAGAAAAAAGUUGAUGGUGACUUUGACGAUGAUGACGAAGACGACAAGCCUGAGGAAUUUGAUGAUAGAAUGAAAGACUCCCUAGAAAAAAAAGCUGAUGAGGACUUUGUCGAUGAUGACGACGACGACAGAUUACAGGAAUUUGAAGAUAAAACUGAAGACUUACUAGAGAAAAAAGCUCAUGGUUCCUAUGACAAUGAUGACGACAAUCUGCCUGAGAAAUUUGAUAAUACAAUUGAAGACUCACUAGAGAAAAAAGCUUAUGAUGACUCUGACGAUGAUGACGACGACGACAGGCUUCAAGUAUUUGAAGAUAGAAUGGAAGACUCACUAGAGAAAAAUGCUAAUGGUUCCGGUGACAAUGAUGAUGACGAUAUGCUUCAGAAAUUAGAUGAAAGAAUGAAAGACUCCCUAGAGAAAAAAACUGACGGUUCCUAUGACAAUGAUGACGACGAUAGGCCUGACGACGAGAUAUCUGAAAACUUCGAUCAAAUGAAUGAAGUCAAGAGAAACAAUGCCAGAAGUAGGCAGGACCUUGAUGAUCUUAUUAAAGGAAGUAAUAAGUAUCAAGAAAAGUUUUUCGAAAAGACGGGAAAUCGUUUACCGCAACAAACAACACAACAAUUCAAUCUUGGAAGAAUACCCACUCAGACAUCAAAAACAAUGGGAGCUCCAACUGAAAGACAAAAGAAGUACGAAGAAAACGAAUUUGAGAAAAUAGGAAAUCGAAUGAUGCAACGAGCGCAACAAAUUCAGCCGUUCUCUAUACCGGCAAGGUCAAAUAAGAACUUUGCAGAUAUUGUUGACAGGCAGAACAAGUAUCAAGAAAAAUAUUUCGAACAGGCUAUCAGUAACGAAGAUCGAUUUAAUAAUCGUGCACAACAAUUAUGGAGGUCUAAUAUGCCAGUUCCAGCGACAAAUAUUUUCGGAAAUAUUGAUGAUAGAAGAAACAAAUAUAGCGAAAAGGAAAGAAAUGGAGAUAGUUUGACGCAGCAGAAUUACCCACAGGAUGCUAUGCGAUCUCAACAAACUAACAGUCGAAGGUUUGGUGUUCAAACAACAAACAAUAUGGGAAAUUUUGCGGAUGGGAGAAUUAUUUAUGAUGAAAAAUACUUUGGAAGAAAUGGAAACCGCUUAACGCAGCAAGACAUUAUGCGAGCUCAACCAACAAAUACUAAUGGAGACCUCGAAAGACAAACCAAGUACAGUGAAAAAUAUUUCGACAGGAUGGAUGAUGGCCUCAUGCAACAAUCACAACCAUUGUCAAAUAGUAAUAUACAGAUUCAGCACACAAACAGAAGAAUAGGGAAUGAAAAUGAAAACAUAUUUGUAACGCGACAGCAAAUAAAUUUUUCCGACGAUGAUGGAAAUAUAGAUAGGGAACAAACAAUAAUUUAUCAAAAUGACAAUAACAAAUACUUAGACGAUAAUGAUGAAUAUAGAAGAAACUAUGUAAAAACUCGUGUUGAGGCUCAAAGUCACUAUGACAUUCAAAGAGGAAACAAGCAUAGCUCAACGAUACCAAGAGCCAAGCAAAUUCAUUCUCUGAAAUCCUGA